GAAAGUCGAAGGAGCCAUCAUCCUUCCUUGGCGGGUGGAAAUAUAUUACAUUUAGUCUUGCAGAGAUGCAUUGAAGUAUUCAAAAAAGGGGAAAUGAUCGUUCCGAUCGUGAGCAGAAAUAAACGGGGAGUGGAAAAAAAGGGAAUGGCGAGGUGGUGAAAGUAGUAAGCGUUUGAGGUUAAGAUAGAAAUAAGAGAACAUAAAAUAAAAGUGUCUUUUUAACAGGAAUGCGAAACGAACAAAACAUAAAACACAGAGAAGAAAUAAGAUUUAAACACGAAAACAACCGCAAAAGCAGAAGCAAGAAUAUGAUGCAUCAUGUCGCGAGUGAACAGAUGCCGAAAUCCGACACAAUCAAAUUGCGCAACAAACACAUCGGCAAAUCGUGCCAGCUGUUCUACCGCACCGACCCGCUGAAGAUAGUGCGCGGCCAGGGCCAGUACAUGUACGACGAGCAGGGGACGCGCUACCUCGAUUGCAUCAACAACGUCGCGCAUGUUGGCCACUGCCAUCCGAAGGUGGUCGAGGCGGGCGCCCGCCAGCUGGCAACGCUGUCCACCAACAAUCGGUUCCUGCACGAUGAGCUGGUCAAGUGCGCCCAGACGCUGGCCAACAAGAUGCCCGGCAACCUGUCCGUGUGCUACUUCGUCAACUCGGGCUCAGAGGCGAACGAUCUGGCGCUGCGGCUCGCGCGCCAGCACACCGGACGCCACGAGGUCAUCACCCUGGAUCACGCCUACCACGGGCACGUAUCGGCCGUGAUGGACAUCUCGCCGUACAAAUUCAACCAACCGGGCGGUGAUCCGAAGCCCGACUUUGUCCACGUGGCACCGUGCCCGGACGUGUACCGGGGCAAGUACCGGGACUGCGACUAUCCCGACGGCACCGACCUGGGGCAGCUGUACGCGCAGGAGGUGCAGCGCAUCCUCGACCGCAGCCCCACCGGCGUGGCCGCCUUCAUUGCCGAGAGUUUGCAGAGCUGCGGCGGCCAGAUCAUCCCACCGCCGGACUACUUCCGGCGCGUGUACGACGCGGUGCGGAAGGCGGGUGGUGUAACGAUCGCUGAUGAGGUGCAGGUCGGGUUUGGGCGCAUCGGCACGCACUACUGGGCGUUCGAGCCGCACGGCGUCAUCCCGGACAUCGUUACCGUGGCCAAGCCGAUGGGCAACGGGCAUCCGGUCGGGGCGGUCGUGACGACCCCGGAAAUAGCCGAGAGUUUCGCCUCCACUGGCGUUUGCUACUUCAACACGUACGGGGGCAACCCGGUGUCGUGUGCCAUCGCCAACGCGGUCAUGCGCGUGAUCGACGAGGAGGGCCUGCAGGAGAAUGCGCUGCGCGUCGGGCGGUACCUGCUGGAGCAGGCCCGCGCCCUCAAGUACGAGUACGAGCUCGUGGGUGAUGUCCGCGGUACGGGCCUUUUCGUCGGCAUCGAGCUGGUGGUGGACCGGGCACGCCGGCUGCCGGCCACCCGUGCCGCUAAAGCCGUCGUCGAGCGCAUGAAGACUGUGCACCGGACGCUGGUGAGCAGCGACGGGCCGGACGACAACGUGGUCAAGCUGAAGCCGCCAAUGGUGUUCAGCAUGACGAACGCGGACGAAUUCCUGCUCGCUUUCCGCGAAUGUCUCACCUAUCUCGAGCAGCAGCAGCAGCAGCAACAGCUGAGCGCUACAUUGAAUACGGCGUCGACCGGAAUGGGGGAGACGGUUGUCGUACCGAUGCGCGUCACGCAUCCGCUCGCCACCGGCGGCCUGCUGCAGCCGAGCCCGAUCACCUGCCGUAAGCACGACACGUCGCCACUCAUCAAGUCCAGCUAAGCUAAGCGGGCACACGGAAGUGUCCGGCACGCCUGCCCACCGGAAGUGUGUGUGUGUACCGCUCCGCAGUCUGAUGGUGCAGGAGUGCCCGGGAACGGAUUUACGAUCACUUAUUUGUUUUAAAAAUAAGCACAGUUCUAAGGAGGUUUUAAACAAACAAUAUUUUAAUCAGAUUCAAGCGUCACAUUACUCCGAAACCAGUUGCAGCUAUGUUGUUUUAGUUUUCACGAAGUUUGCCUUUAUCGGUCAAGGCUGCUCGUUAGAAGAUGUUUGUGUAUGAUACGGUGUACAUUUCCUUUUUUCUUGCCAACACAUAGCUUAGUAACAAUUAAUAAACGAAAAAAAACUAUUUCUAAAUAAAUAAAUCAAUAAUACAUUCA